AUGACGGGAAGACUUCUCAUUUGGCCGGACUGGCCAGAGUUCACAGCAGCAAAAGGAGAAACCGGAGAUGAUCUCAUCGGAUAUAAAAAGGCCAUAGUCGAAAAGUAUGGAAAGGGAUCUCUCACCCAAAGCUGGCUCAAAGUCUGCAAAGAACUUGAAUCCGUGACCGAAAGAAUAGCCGAACAGGGCACGUCCGCUAUACCGGAAGUUCAGUAUGAAGACAUAUUCGGAUUGACUGCCGAGCUAAAGAGCGGCCUUAAAGAUGUUGGGUGCUUUGUUGUUCGCAACGUGUUCAGCCAGGAACAAGCCGACGAGUGGUUCCAAAAUUUGAAAAAAUAUGUGGCCGCAAAUCGAUCGUCGAUCAAAGGCUGGCCGGCUGAGACUCCAUAUAUCCUCAACCUGUAUUUCUCGCCGACCCAGAUAGCUGCACGAUCUCAUCCAAACCAACUCAAGUUGAGCGAAGAGCUUAAUUCAUGGUGGCAUGAUGAUUCCGGGUUGACUUCACCUGAACCAUUGUCCUAUGCGGAUGGCGUUCGUAUUCGACCUCCAGGGAUACCUUUCCGUGGUCUGGGUCCACACAUUGAUGCAGGAAGCUUAUGUCGCUGGGCAGAUCCCACCUAUCAGUCGGUGUAUUCUGCUAUUUUCUCUGGCAAUCCAGAGCUGAUGGACAAUUACGACCUGACCAUUCGCAAAACAGCCGAUCAGGCAAAAUUUCCUGGGUCAGCACAUUCCCGGGUUUUCCGAAGUUUUCAGGGCUGGACUGCAUUGACUUCAGCUGGAUUGGGAGAGGGAAGUUUGAUGCUGUAUCCGAAUGUCAAGUGGACGAUUGCGUAUCUUCUCCUUCGUCCUUUCUUUCAACCACCUGAAUCCGAAGAGGAUAUUAUGGAUGCUAGCAAAUGGAUAUUCAAUGCUGACAGCCCCUGGUUCCCGGGGACAUUCAGGGAAGACAGUCAGCUCUUGAGUCCAUCUUCACACCCGCACCUGCGUCUGCGAGAAUGCAUGGUCGGCAUUCCCCGAAUGAACCCGGGCGACACCGUGUGGUGGCAUGCCGAUAUGUGCCACGCGGUUGAGGUUGAGCAUAAUGGUGAUCAUGAGGCCAGCGUCGCAUAUAUUGCAGCCACGCCUCGGACUGAGGGGAACAAAAGAUAUAUCAAAGGCCAAUUGGAGGACUUCCUCCAGGGCAUUCCGCCGGAGGAUUUUCGGAAAGGUUCCCGGGAGAUCAAUUUCAAAAUGUUCACAGGAGAGAAUGGUAUUUUGAGCGGCGAAUCUGGAAGGAGAGCGAUGGGUUUUGAUUUGAUCGCUUGA